UUUUUCAUAUAAAUAACCUAACCUCGAGUCACAUUUCUCUUCAACUCUAAGCUCCUUUUUGUAUAAUGAGGAUCUGACUUUCACAUCAAAGUCAGCAACAGCCGCAGCUUGCUCCCUUUUCUGCUCUUCCCGUCAAUGGAUGAACUUGCUCGCUUGAUGGACUGGGAUUUGCAAGCUAUUGUGAGAGGAUUCACCGGUGAAGCCCCGGAAACAACCACGAUCAUAGACAUCGCACAACCUAAUUUUCCUCAUUUCUGUUCUGAAUUACAAGGUUGUCACGAUGAUCCUUUCUGCAGUACUUUUCCAGAAUUCUCAGACACCACGAUGGUGUUUGAUGAAUUGGGAGAGUUUUACAAGCCUUUCUAUCCUGUUUUACACCCUCUUUCAACAAAAGCAAUCGCCACGACCUCCGUAUCCAUCCCUAAAGAAAUCAAAGAAUCAGAGAAAGUACAAGAUUUGCAAGAUCCAGCAGUAUCUCAGUGUAAAAGAAGCAAGAAGAACCAGAACAAGAGAGUGGUGAAGCAGGUGAAAGCAGAUGGACUAUGCGAUUCAUGGGCAUGGCGUAAAUACGGGCAGAAACCAAUCAAAGGAUCGCCAUAUCCCAGAAGUUACUACAGAUGCAGCAGUUCCAAAGGAUGCAUGGCGAGGAAACAAGUGGAAAGGAGCCAUUUGGAUCCUGAAGUUUUCAUAGUGACCUAUACUGCACAACACAGUGAUCAUCACCCACCUCGUUCCUCUCGCAAAACCAGGCACUCUAUUCCACAUGGAACUAAUCAUCAACACGUUUCUUCUGAUCCUUUGGAAGACUCUGUUGAGGAUGAACCAAUCGUGUCCAGUGGGUCAAGCCAGUGCUUGAACAAAGACCAAUUGACGUCCCAAGAUGCUGAAACUGGGGAGAUUUUUACGGGUCAUGGUAUCCCACCAGCCAGUAAUGAUUGGUUUCCGAGCGUAGAUGAACUUGACGGACUCAGCCAAGAAUUUGCAUUAGAUAGUUACCUUCAUGGCCAAUUCUGAGACGUAGUGGCUGGGGCUCCUUGACCCACCAUCAAAGCCAAAACCAUUUUUCUUGUACGGAUAUAACGUCUUAAAGCCAAAACCAUUUUUCUUGUACGGAUAUAACGUCUUCCACACCCUUAUCUGAUUUAACUUUACUUUCUUGCCAUU